UCCACCCCGAAUUUGAACAACUCCCGAGUCCCGUUCUGUCACUUUGACCUGCAAAGUUUCAGUGGGUCCCCGCACUUUCCCAUCUCCCAUCUCCAACUUCAAGUCGAACAAGUCCACACGAGACCAACAUGAACCGGGUCGCGCUUCAACGCGCGCUUUUAGCGCCAAGUCUCCGACAGCAGGGCUUAUUGCAAAAACCGCUGGCAUUGGCCCUCAACACACGCCCCGUCAGUUCCGUCGCUGAGGUGUCCUUCUGGAAGUCUCUCGUACCGAAACCCCUCCGAUCGCGGUCACCGUCGAGGUGGUGGAGGAAGAAACUCAAGGUACAGAAGGGGUGGAAUCCUGCGACCUUCUUUAUCUUCAUCUUCUUGUUGAUCGGAUCCAUGUCUAUUCAGAUGAUCGCCCUCCGAAAAGACUUUGCGACCUUCAUGCGCCAGUCCGACGUCAGGAUAGGCUUACUCCGCGAGGUGGUGGAAAAACUGCAAAAGGGCGAGGACGUGGACGUGGAGAAGGCUCUGGGCACCGGAGACGCAGAAAAGGAGUUGGAGUGGGAGCAAGUUCUGAGGGAGAUUGAGCGCGAAGGACCGGCAAAGAGCCAACGCAAGAAGCAACCCGAACCAACACCCCCACCGGCACCAACUCCGGCACCAACAUCUGCGCCUACACCAGAGGCGGAUACCCCACCUGAGCAAGAAGGCACCAGGCCACAGGUGCAGAGCACCCUCGCCAGCAAGGGCUUCUUCUGAGCGGCCCCUUCUCAGGGGCUCU